AGGGCCCCGGCGGUGGACUGCCGGACGGAGCAGCCGCAGCAGCCUGAGACACCGCAGCUGUUCCAGGCAGUGCUCGAGGCAAAGCCCAAGGCCUCGGCUGGGGCCGAGGGGCCGAGGAACGUCGGAUCCGUCGGCAUCUACGUCUUGGUCGCCAACGCCGAGGGCAGCGCGUCCGUCUUGGCCCGCCGUCGGGGCCAGAAUGUUGGAUCGCGGCUCGAGAUCGCCGCGCCAGGCGGAAUGGUCGAGCGGGGGGGCAUGGGUGAUGGGGCCUCGGACGGCGCCGCUAGAUUCGCGGCCUGCAGGGGGCUCGCAGGAGAGUCUGGAUUGGAG